CUUAGAGAGAGCAUGAAAAUACAAAAGAAAAGGCAAGCAAACAAAAGCGAGUGCUUAGAAGCCACCAAGACUCCACCUUUUCAUCUUUAAAGCUCCUCUCUGCUCUCCAUCAUCAAUCUCUCUCUUCUCUUCCUUCCCUUCUCUUUGUGGGAAUCCGAGCUCUGCCCUCUGUCAUCAUGAGGAGGAGGAGGACCUCCUUCUUUGUAUAAAGCCCCGCAAAAGGUGGCUGCUUGGAGGGAUCAUGGCGCUUGUGAUCAUGGGCACUGGUGAGAAAGAGCCCAUUUUUCAUGAUUUCUUGGGGAUGAGCUGCGCUGAAACUCCGGUCACUGUUCCGGCGGAUAAGGGGCGUGAGAACAGGGCCUCUGAUAUGGAGGUUGAGGCUUCUUCUGCCGGCGGCCAUGCCUUGCUUUCUGCCACCUCUGAUCUGGUCUCAGAGAGACAGGGGGUGAACACUUGUGAGGUUUUCCACUUUAAUGGUAGGAAGAACACAAUGUCAGGGCCUGAAAUAAGCACUUCAUUCUCUGGUAGAAAGAGGAGUAGCUCAGAUUCAGCUUAUAUGGGUAUGGUCAGUGAUCGCAUUAUUCCUGUUGGCUGUGAUUCCCUCGAAAGCUCACGUCUAAUGAAGAUGCUUGGAAAAGAGACAACCAGUGAAAGGCUGGGAAAAUCACAUGAUGAUGAAACAGUGUUCUCAAUGCAACCACCACCAAGGCCGACUUCUCUUAUAUUGCAUCCUCCCACGGGUAGUCGGCCUGAUUCCCUUAUUUACAAAUGGGAGCGAUCAUUGCCCGCAAAUCCUGGACAAAUGUCACAUUACCCGUCACGCUUUGCUCAAGCUGGCAAUUUUGGAGAGAAGCCUUCUUCUUCUUCAUAUCCAUAUAGAGAUGCUGUUGUUACUGGAGCUUCCCUUAUUUCACAAGCUGCGGCAGACGAGGGUUCUAGAACCGGCAUUAAAAGCUCUGGGGCUUUGACUGUAGCAAAUGCGAGCGGUGGAGUUGGUGAGAGAAACUCAGCUGUGGUUUUGCCAUGUAGCAGUAGUAGACCAAAGGCUCCUCUAGUGAUUGAACAAGAUCCAUCCAAUGCGCCUAGUCGCCAUACAAUGGCAUCUGCUAGUCGGCAAAUGACCAUAUUUUAUGCUGGCCAGGCGCAUGUCUUUGAUGAUGUUCAUCCGAACAAGGCAGACGUGAUAAUGGCAUUGGCUGGAUCAAAUGGAGUAUCAUGGUCGACCACAUACUCCCCGAAGCCCGGUGUGCCUGCACCACCCCCGGAAGCUAAACUCCCAAGCAGAGAGAACGAUAUAUGGAACACCUUUGCAUCAUCCACCCAAGGCAAUUCAUCUCGUCCACUCCCCGGCCAAGUAAUUUCACGGGUUCCUGUUAUCACUGAUAGUCCGAAACUUAAAACUGCUGAGACAAGAUCAACAACAAUUCAAGCUGCAGGAACUGAUGCUGAAGGCAAGAGAGAUGUCUAAUGGAGGAUUCAACACCUUCUGAAUUUCAAUCUUUUGUUGUGAGGGAAACAACUGGAAAAAAAAAAAAAAAUCUAGCUAACAUUGUAGUUUUCUAAUUCCAUUGUGCUGCCUCCUUUUUGAUGUCUAAGAACCGCCCACUUUGAAUAGAGAUGCAUGUUCUUCACUUUUCUUUA